AUGCUCGAGGCUAACCGCAAAGCGCGACGGGCAGCGGCCGCGUGCGUCGCCUGCCGGCGGAGUAAGAUCAAAUGCUCGGGCGACCGACCGUGCAAGAAUUGCCAACGGCGUGCGACCAAAUGCCAAUACUCCGACUCCAGUACGCGAGUUCUGGUCUCUGAAAGAUAUCUCCGCGACUUGGAGAAUCGGGCCCGCGCAAACCAAGCAGGAGCAGCCAAGCCCUCGCGAUCCUCGUAUCCUCAUCAAGAAGAUUUCCCGGAUUUGCUGCACAACCCGACCACACGGGGCUCCGAAUCUUCACCCGAGACUGAGUCCAUGCUCAGCAUCUGGACCAGCCCUUUCACAUUGCCUACACCUGUUAUCGUGAAUGCGGGAACCACGAAACGCAACUGGCUCUGGCUAGCGCCGACCUCCCCCUGGUCCUUCGUGGCAAGACUCGCCGUCAUGAUGAGCGGGAAACUGAACAUGGAUUCGCACCGAACUCUCAAGUUCCACAUAGAUGGGGACAUCUACCCGCUAGAUUGGAGGUCGCAGGUCCCGACCGAAGAGUCUCUCGACCCCGGGACUCUUCCAUCCCUCGACCACGCCAUCUACUCCAUCAACAAUGUGAAGUUCCAUCUGGGCCAGGUAUAUCGCUUCCUCCCAGAUGAUUUCUGUGCACAAGUUCAGGAUUUCUACGCGUCGCGGGGAGCAUACGGAGCCACCCAGUCGUGCAUGUGGUUCAUUCGGUUCCUUCUACUUCUCGCAUUCGGAAAAGCGUUCUCGUCGCGGACGAGAUCUCACGGUACCCCGCCGGGGGCGAAGAUGUUCUUGCGCGCCAUGUCGUUGAUGCCGAACCACACGUCUACGGGAAAUGAUAGCCUGGAUGUGAUAGAGAACUUGGCGCUGGCUGCCUUGUACCUGUACGCUAUUGAUCACAGGGAGGGGGCGCAUUCUCAUGUCGGCCAAGCAAUACGCCUCGCACAGCUGGAGGGCCUGCAUACGCAGCUCCCCGAACAGGAACUGGGCCAUGCGACCGUCGCUCGGUGCAGGAAUCUCUGGUGGACGUUGUAUAUCCUGGAUCGCCAGAUUUCUUCGUCCCUUGGUCUGCCGAUGACCGUCCAGGAUUUCGACAUCACGACCUUGGUCGAGAUCUCCGGGCCAACGCCGCAGGACCCUACCCUGAGCCUCCAAGUGAGGCUAUCUCAGAUGAUGUCCUCCAUCUUGAGUAGGAUAUAUCGGGCAGAGAAAACACAGAUCGGUCGUUUUCUGGAUGUGACCAGCGACAUCCUACAGAAGAUGGCGGGGCUCGCCGAAGAAAUCGAGAAGAUCUUCCCGGCCGGGUUCCAGGAUUCCAUGGACACGAUGCCGCACGAGACGCGAUACAUCAUCUUGCUCUACCACCAGUGCGUAAUAAUGGCAACCCGCCCUCUCCUCCUCUCCGUCCUACGAGAACGCCUCGAAAAGCUCGGCCGCGCCGAAGAAGAAGAAUGGCAGAAGUUCCUCGCCCUCCCCAAAAGCCUCCUAUCCAUCGGGAUCCGCUCCGCCGUAAAGACCCUCGAAAUUCUAUCCGACGAGAACAUUAUUCUAGAGACCUUCCUCCCCUUCGACCUAGAAUUCACCUUCGCGGCCGCGCUGCACCUGACAAUCGCACAGACGCUCUUCCACCUCGAGCCCGCGGAGCAGUCCCACGCACAAGCGGCCCAGUUAAUCCUCGACGAGAUCGUCGCGAGCGGGAACCGCGUUGCGGAAGUCCGCAGGGUCGAGCUGGCUCAUAUCCAGUCGUUGUUUGGGGAGUUUGCGAGCCGCAUGGAGGAGGAAGGGUUGCAGAACCUAUCUUUACCGGGGAUUAUGCAGGAAGGGCAACCCGUGCGAGGGAGUGUUCCCGGAGAGGAGGAGUUGUUCCCGCAGGCGGAGGAACCCCCGGCUAUAGGAUGGCCGGCUUCCCCGGAGAGUAACACUCGGUCCACCACGUUAGCGGAGGAGGAUCUAUCCCGGAAUCUGGAUUUCUUGGAUACGUUUGGGAUCUCGUCGCAUAAGUUUCUGUCGAUUGUCGAUCAGAUUGGGCAGCGGGAUCUUACGCAGGAGCUAUGGGGGCCGCAGGCGGAAUAGCUUGGGCGGGUGAGACUGG